AUGCUCGCCGAAAUCAUUGGACGGCCGCUUUGCACAAAACAAUCUCUCAUCUCGGACUUUAAGAAACUUGGAAUCGUCGAAGGCGAAACACUCCUGCUCCAUUCGUCCCUUAGCCGCCUGGGCUGGGUGAACGGCGGCGCCGAAACGGUCAUCUCUGCUCUCCUCGAAGUCUUGGGAGAUGAGGGGGCGCUGGUAGUACCGACCUACACGGGGGAUAACACCGAUCCCGCGGAAUGGAGGUCUCCACGCGCGCCCCGGGAGUUGUGGCAAACGAUCCGGGACACGAUGCCCCCGUAUGAUCCGCGAAUCACCCGGACUCGGGGGAUGGGAGCAAUUCCAGAAAUGCUGAGGAAUUGGCCCGGAGCCAUGAGAAGUGCCCAUCCGCAGACCUCGUUUGCUGCUGUUGGACCCAAGGCAGACAGAAUCACUGCCGGACACGCGCUCGAUUGUCGCUUAGGGGAGAACAGCCCGCUCGCCAAGUUGGAGCAACUUGAUGCUCGCAUCUUACUGUUGGGCACCGGAUUCGAUACUUGCACGGCAUUUCAUUUGGCAGAAUACCGUAAUGGGGCUCCGCUGGAGAGCAACUCAUUUGCUGCGAUAGUGGAGGGCUCCCGGCAAUGGGUGACGGUCAGAGACGUCACUCUUAACGAUGAUGACUUUGGAGUCGUUGGGAAAGGUCUAGAAAGAACUGGGAUUGUGAAGAAGGGACUCGUUGGUGGUGCAUAUUGUGGGAUAUUUCCGUUACGAGAGGCAGUGAGCUUUGCGACAGACUGGAUGAGAACCAAUCGGUAA